AUGUUCAAACGGCUUCUUCUAGGCUCGUUGCUGAUCGCAGCGUUGGCCCUGCUCUUUGCUCAGGACUCCCCGCAGCGUCCGACACCCAUUCAAGGCCGGAAUAAGACGGCUCUGUUUCUGGUUAACGAGGAACAUGGCCUAUCCAACGUGCACAUCGCUACGGCGUCAGCAUUACUCGAGAAGCACCCGGAUAUCGAGGUUCAUUUUGCUUCCUUCUCCAAGAUUGCGAGCAAGCUAGAGAGAAUCUCGCAUUUUGCACGAAAACACAAUCCCGAGUCCCGAGGUGUCGUGUUUCACAAGCUUAGUGGACCCUCGUACGCCGAUUCGAUACAGCAGGUUGGCAAGUCACUUGACAACAUCCCUCAUCCGCCGGGUAUGGCUGGCAUUGAUCAUCUAUGCGAGGAUAUGCAGCUAUGGAUCUCUCCGUGGUCGGCAGAGGACCAUUUCUCACUGUAUCAAGAGAUGCAAGCCAUCAUUGAAGACGUUGACCCUGCGGUUGUCGUACUGGAUACACUGUUUCGACCUGGCAUAGAUGCGGCUCGUGACAUGAACCGCCUGCAUGCCAUCAUCAGUCCUAACUCUGUUGUCGAUAACUUUCUGGGUGAUCAGCCUUACGGAAGCAUGUUUUGGAAAUAUCCAGCCAUGUCAUCGGGCUUUGAUUUCCCUGUGCCUUGGAGGAAUCUUCCUGAGAACAUCUACCUCAACAUGAAAUUCAUCUACAGUGUCGUCAUGACUCCUGGUCUCAGUGCCAAGCGCAAGAUUCUCCGAGAAAAGGGUCUCAAGGAUCCCAUCAACUUCUUUUCCAUUUAUCGACAGGAUGCACCUUGGAUCAGCAUGACGACAGAGGGAGCUACUAUUCCGGUCGAUUAUAUCCCGCCCAAUGUCACUCUUGCUGGACCAAUCGUAGUUUCAGCUGCCCCAGCCGAGGAGCAGGACCCCAAGUUGGUCGAGUGGCUGAAGAAGGCACCAACCCUAUUGGUCAACCUAGGAAGCUCAGUUUCUUGGUCAGAAACACAGGCUUCCAUAAUGGGAGAAGCCCUAGCAACUCUGCUCGACAAGACAAACGUGCAGGUGCUGUGGAAGUUUAACAAGCACGGAGACUACUCGGACGACAUCUUUGCGCAACUGAAGCCUCAUCUUGACAGCGGUCGACUUAAGAUGGAAAAGUGGCUCACCGUUGAUCCAACCUCUCUCCUUUCUUCAGGAUACAUUGCAGCCUCGGUCCACCACGGAGGAGCCAACUGCUACAACGAAGCCAUCUAUGCUGGAGUUCCCCAUAUCAUUAUUCCCCUGUGGGCCGACCUAUACGGAUACGCUGCCCUAGCUGAAAACAUCGGGGUCGGAGUCUGGGCAUGCCGAGGUACCAACCCCGACUGGACUGUCGAUCAUCUAAGCCAGUCCCUACUCAAGGUGCUCGACAGCGGAGAAGCAAGCUUAUCUAUGCGGGAAAAGGCCAAGAAACUAGCUGAAAAGAUCCAUGCCGGUGGGGAGGGACGGGAAAUUGCUGCCAAGAAAAUAGCUGAGCUGGCCUACGUUGCGAGUCAUGAGGCUUGA